AGCAGCCAUCAUUUCACUCAAUAGGCUACAGAUCCAUCCUGAGAAAGGAAGAGGCGACGGAAUAAAAGAAAUGGCCAUGGACUAGCAAGGGAUUUAUCAGGAGGGAGUAAUAUUCUUGUUUUCUUUUGCUUCCAUUUUGAAUUUUUGCGUUCUGAAUUUUGCAGGUGGGCCUGAGCAGCGCUGGGCGAGACUUUCCUGCGGCCUGCACUGGGUCUGCCGCUGGACUGGUAGAUGAGGCGACAGAGGAAGGCUGGGCCACAACCAAGGAUAUUAUAUUCCCCGUUUUUCAUUUGAGCUUUUCACAUUUUUGUACUGGGCAGAAGGGAAGGCGUGGACGUAAGCCCACCCGGAGCAUGGGGCAGAAGGUUCCCGGAGGAAUCAAGACUGUGGACAUGCGGGACCCGGCGUUUCGGCCCCUGAAACUGGAGCUGCAGGCCCUGGACUACACCAAGCCCGCCCGCCUGGACAUGCUGCUGGACAUGCCCCCCGCCACGCCCGAGGUCCAGGUGCAGCACUCGUGGAACAACGACGACCGCUCGCUCAACAUCUUCGUCAAGGAGGACAACAAGCUGGUCUUCCACCGGCACCCGGUGGCCCAGAGCACGGACGGGAUCCGGGGCCGCGUGGGCUACACCCGGGGCCUGCACGUGUGGGAGAUCAGCUGGGUCAUGCGGCAGAGGGGCACGCACGCCGUGGUGGGCGUGGCCACACGCGAGGCCCCCCUGCACUCCGUGGGGUACACGGCGCUCGUGGGGAACAACGGCGAGUCCUGGGGCUGGGACCUGGGCAGGAACAAACUGCACCACGACGGCAAGAACCGGCCCAGCGAAACCUACCCCGCCUUCCUGGAGCCCGACGAAACCUUCAUCGUGCCCGACUCCUUCCUGGUGGUCCUGGACAUGGACGAGGGGACGCUCAGUUUCAUCGUGGACGGACAGUAUUUGGGCGUUGCGUUUAGAGGACUUAAGGGCAAAAAACUGUACCCCGUUGUGAGUGCGGUGUGGGGACACUGUGAAAUCCGAAUCCGCUACAUCAAUGGGCUCGAUCCGGAGCCCCUUCCCCUGAUGGACCUGUGCCGUCGAUCUGUCCGAGUGGCUCUGGGGCGGGAGCGUCUGGGAGAGAUCCACACACUGCCCCUGCCCGCCUCGCUCAAGAACUACCUGCUCUACCAAUGACCACAGGAGGGCCCGUCCUCCGCUGCGCUGGAAACAUGCGGGGCUUCCCCUCCGCUCCCCGAAAACGGCCUCCGGAGGUCGCCCUCAGACACGCCCUCUGCCCUGACUGCUCCUUCCCCCGCCGUGGUCCAGCACCUUCAUCCCACCAUUCCACACGAACUGCCGUCUUUCACACACUGCUACUGUCCUGCCACAGUUUCUUUUUAAUGCCGUUUCAUUCUUUUGGUUUUAAUGUCCUGGCUUUACUCUGGUUUUUAUCACUGCAUUUUGAAUCCUCCUUGUUUCAAGUCAUCUUCUUGGUAGAAGUGGCCUGUUUAUGGCGGCGUACAGAACACUUGGUUCUGAAGCGGGCCCAGAUGACGGGGUUGCGAUAUUGAGGUACAGUGGGUUUGAGGGGCUGCUAGCUGCUUUGUGUAGCCUUUAAGGAGCCAGUUUGCCCUCUCAAUUAAACAUUAAAGAACAGUAACAUUUUUUUAAUCUGAGCGAUGGUUGGGUACAAUGUUGGGAGUAUUUCCUCAUCUUAACAAACCAUUAGUGAUGGCUUUAGUAUGGUUUGCUUUAUCAGCUGGUUUGCCAUUUGUUAGACCCACCACUUAAUUGAUUGUUUGCUGCAAAUUAAUUUGAAAGAAACUUAUCCUCCAGAGCUGGUUUAUUCAUUUUUAAUUUCUUGUUUUUCAGAUUAAAUGCAAAUGUAAUUUUAUUCUCAAGGUUUCAGGCACUGUGUAUAAAAGUGUGUAUGAGUACGCAAGAACCUGUGUGUGUGUGUGUGUGUGUGGGCUGUUAAGUCUCGCUGCUCAACCGCAGCACUGUGUGAAAGAGCAGCCGUGGUGAGUCCAAUCUGCAGCCAGGACAAACAAAGCUUUAAUGUUGCUGAGAAGCUCAGCAGCCAAUCGGGAAGCUGCUGAGCUCACGCCUUUCACAGGGAUCUUUCUCUCUGCAGUCAGCCUGUCGUGAGCCUCUCCUCACCCGGUCCCCUCUGUGCACCGUCAGGUUCUCUACAACAUUAAGUGCCUGUGUGCAGUACUGGAAUAUUGCAAUUUCUAAUUUUUUUUUUUUUUUUUUUUUUUUUUUUGUAUUGUUUUUAACUGAAUAAUUGCAUCACUGUGGACUAUUCUGUCUGUGAAACCCCACCCCCCUCCUCAUUGUAAAAUCUUGAUAAAUAUUUGAUCAAAAUGAUUUUUAUGAUUUUUAUUUGGUCGAAGACUCCUAAUGAAUAGAGUGCCGGGAGGUGAUGGCGCUGAAGUGUGCGUGUGUGUUUCUGCUGUACAGCACUGUCUUAAUCACCCUUUUUGCGUUUUAUCCAUAGACUAUGAAGUGAUGUGAAGACCUUAAUUUCCAAAAAGUGUUUUAAAAGUCCCAGGUGCGCAGCCGUGACCUAUUAACUUGACACAGAAGGUGAAAAUUGCCAAGACAAUGUUUUCUUCGACUGUUUCCGGAAUUAUUCUCUUGUGCUGUUCAUGUGCUCCUUGUUUGGCAUGAUGUUGGACAAACAUGUGCACAACCCACACCCCUACCAUUCAGGCCUGCAUAAUUUUCUUUGUAUUCAGUGCGGUAAAUGUCGGUAACUACCUAAUAAAGUUUAUAAAUUAA